AGUGGAGGAAUAAAGUACCUCGUAAUUGUACUUUAAGUAGUACAGAACUUUAGUAAAUGUAGCCUGCAUUGAUUUGCAGCUGUCCGUGGUGGUUUGUGUCUGAUCACAAUGACUGUGCAGGACUGAAGACAAUCGUUAACUUCUGUGUUGAUCCUUGAGCCCCGCGGAGGGAGACAGAGACGCCGCUUCCUGCAGCCUGCACCGCGGACCUACCACUCCGUCCUCCGCUCAGCUGCUGAUCUCGGAGGUCUUGACCGAUCAUGGACGUUUCAUUUGCAGGGAAACGUGCUCUGGUCACCGGAGCGGGAAAAGGGAUUGGCAGGGACAUGGCUCUGGCUCUUGCACGCUGCGGGGCAAAGGUCACGGCGGUCACACGCACGCAGGCCGACCUCAACAGUCUGGUUCAGGAGUGUGCGUCCAUCAGCCCGGUGUGUGUGGACUUGGCAGACUGGGGGGCCACAGAGGUGGCUCUGCAGGACGUCGGUCCCAUCGACCUGCUGGUGAAUAAUGCUGCCUGUGCCAGUCUGCAGCCGUUUCUGGAGGUCACGCCCGACCAGUUUGACCAGUCAUUCAAUGUGAAUGUGAAAGCUGUGUUGCAUGUCUCCCAGAUAGUGGCCCGUGGGAUGAAAGCAAGAGGAUCGGGAGGCUCCAUCGUUAACGUGUCCAGCCAGGCCUCGCAGCGUGCCCUCAGAGACCACACCGUCUACUGUGCCACUAAAGGAGCCCUGGACAUGCUGACCAAAGUGAUGGCUCUCGAGCUGGGACCCCACCAGAUCCGUGUGAACAGUGUCAACCCCACAGUGGUGAUGACUGACAUGGGUCGCCUGGGCUGGAGCGACCCCGAAAAAGCCAAGCCCAUGCUGUUCCGCAUCCCCCUAGGCCGCUUCGCAGAGGUGGAGGACGUGGUGAACACCAUCUUAUUCCUGCUGAGUGACAAGAGCAACAUGAUUAAUGGAGUCACUCUACCGGUGGACGGAGGCUUCCUGGCCUGCUGACCAACAUGAUCGUUGUCCCAUCUGCUUGCUGUGUUACCACCUCACUGCAUUAUACAAAUAGUGGUCAAUUCUAUUCAUUAAUUAAACUCAACCACUAUCCUC